UACUUUUAUACAAAUAUCCAUUUGCGUAAAAGGUUUGCUUCCUGAAGAAGCUGAGUCGUGUCAGCUAUGGAUCCGUCGAAUCAAACCGCGCCGAUCGCGCCUCCGCCGCGGGCACCGUCGCGGUCGCUGUUGUCGCUGUUGUUGCUGAGUCUGUCGCUGUUGCUGUCUCUGUCGCUGUUGCUGUCGCCGCCGUCGCCGCCGUCGCCGUCGCCGCCGUCGCCGUCGCCGUCGCCGCCGUUGCUGUUGCUGUCUCUGUCGCUGUCGCAGGCGCAGGCGCCGUCGCCGUCGCCGUCGCCGUCGCCGCAGCCGCAGCGCCCUCCACCCGAUCAAGGCUUUGGCUUUCUCUCCGUCCUCUUCUCCGUUGCCGCCGUCGCGCACUUUAUCCUUAUUCCAUCAGCUUCAUCCAUCAAAAGCAGCUUAAGUAUUCUUCACCAAGUGCCAGAAGGCCAUGUUGGUGUAUAUUGGAGAGGUGGUGCGCUACUUAACACGAUCGCGGAUCCAGGCUUUCAUCUAAAGAUGCCCUUUGUGACUCGGUAUGAGCCUGUUCAAGUGACUUUCCAGACACAUCAGGUGAGGGAUAUUCCAUGUGGUACUAACGGAGGUGUUAUGAUAAAUUUUGAGAAAAUAGAGGUUGUUAAUCGCCUCCGCAAGGAUUAUGUGUACGAGACACUGCUCAAUUAUGGAGUGCAGUAUGACCGCAUGUGGAUUUAUGACAACAUCCACCAUGAAAUCAAUAAGUUCUGCAGUUCUCAUUCCCUGCAGCAAGUGUACAUUGAUAUGUUUGAUCAGAUUGAUGAAAAGAUGAAAGAUGCUCUUCAACGUGAUUGCACAAGAUAUGCUCCAGGCAUUGAAAUAAUUAGCGUUCAUGUGACUAAGCCUACUAUUCCAGAUAGUAUAAGGCGCACUUUUGAGCAGCUGGAAGAAGAGCGCAUAAAGGUCUUAAUUGAUAUUGAGAAACAGAAGGUUGCUCACAAAGAAGCGGAUACAAUGAAGAAGAUGGCUGUAAGUGAAUCUGAAAAGAUUGCCAGUGUUAGCGAGAUACUCAUGGGACAAGAGGAGAUGGAGAAAGACAGAGCCAGAAGGCAGCAGGAUAUAGAGGACCGAAUAUUUACCUGGCUCGCGAGAAGAGUCUGGCAGAUGCUGAGAGAGAACCAAUUAUGUACCCGACUCAUGAGAAGAGUCUUGCAGAUGCUGAUUUCUAUCUUCUAUUGAAGGAAGCUGAAGCAAACAAGUUGAAGCUGACACCUCAGUUUCUUGAGCUGAAAUUCAUAGAUGCAAUUGCUGGUAACACCAAGAUUUUCUUUGGGGACACGGUGCAUGACCAGAAAGAAGACCCGAGUAUGAUGAGUGAAAAGGCCUUGUCUCACAAAUAAUACAAGGAAGACUCACAUUAGUCCAAUCUAAGUUGGUGCUGAGCGGAAGACCCCUGAAUGCCAAAACAUUUACCCAGAAGCGGAGAGGAAAGCUCUUCAAUAUAGAUACCUGUUUCAAGAACAACUCUCUCAUCUGAUCUACUCAAUCUCAAAACAUCAAAUUCAGGGGGAAGUAUAUAUAUGGUAAAUUAUCGCAUUUAGCAUACAGGAUCAUUAUAUGGUAAAUCAUCGCAUUUAGCGUACAGGAUCAUAGGCAAACUCUGCUUAAAAAGAUCAGGCUUCUGCUGUUGUUGUUAUUGCAGCAUGAACGAACUAGAAACCGUCAAGUUUGUCCCUUCUUUGUAAUGCUAUUUAAAUGUAAAUUUUUUUCUUAUGUGCCAUAGUUUUGUGCAGAAAGUGAUGUUAUUACUUUGAUGAAACUAAUGCAUUCCAAAAGCUCUGGCGAGCUUAUUUAGUGAUGA